GUUGAAACAGAGUUUCCUCAAACUCAUGAAAGCAUGCUGUGGCCCUUUCUACUCGCCCUCAGCCUGUUGCCAUGGAUCCCAGCCUUCCUCUGCAGGGUAACCACCGACGCAGAGCUCGCAGUCAUGGAGGGCCGAUCCCUCACAAUCCCGUGUCAUUACGACCCUCAGUACGCCGGCUAUGUGAAGUACUGGUGCCGGGGGAAGAUGAGGGAGUUCUGCACCAGCUUGGCCCGAACCGACCUGGCCACUCCGGCGGUGAAGAAGGUGAGCCUCUUCGACGACCCCGUCCAGCAGUUGUUAACUGUGACCAUGGGUGACCUGAAGGAGGCGGACUCCGGCUGGUACAUGUGCGGCGUGGAGGUCGGCGGCGGGUGGACCCCCGACGUCGUCGCUUACACGUACAUCAAGGUCGUUCACGGUAUGUCAGUGGUGAACAGCCGACUGAGUGGGGAAGAAGGGAGUAGCGUCACCGUGGAAUGCCACUACAGUGAGAGAUACAGAGACAGCGAGAAGAAGUGGUGCCGGAGUGGAGACUGGCGCACCUGUCUUCUGACGGGUGCUGACGGGAGCUACGAAGACCCUUCAGUGGCCCUCAGCGAUGACAGAAGCUGGACCUUCACUAUAACCUUAAAGGAGCUGCGGAUGAGAGACAGCGGCUGGUACUGGUGCUCUGUGGGAGCGCAGCAGAUGCUGGUGCAGGUUCUGGUCACACCAAGACCCACGACUACUGCAGCGACUGAGACGUCCCCACCGACACCGAGUCAGUCCGCGGUGCUCCUGCCUCCGCCCGAGCCCAUCACCGAGCAGUCACGGAGCAGUCACAGACACAUCUUGGAGGCCCUGCUGGUGUGCGCCUCCAUCGUGGUCCUCGUGGGCUUGGCCCUGUUGGCGAGGAAGUUGUGGAGACGACACAGGCGGGAUCCUGUGCAGGGACAAUUAAAUUGGAUAAAAGCAAGGCACAAUGAGUUCUCAGGGGAAGUAAGUGACCCGCAGAGCACUGGCGUCGCUUUCCUCAACGCGGAUACCCAGGACGUACAUAUGUACUGAGCUCUGCCACAAUAAAUUACAUUUAGCUGACGCUUUUA